AUGCCUAUUCAGCAACCAUCAGGUCAAAUUAAAUUGACUAAUGUGUCUAUGGUCAGAUUGAAAAAGGAACGAAAAAGAUUUGAAAUAGCAUGUUAUCAAAAUAAAGUCCAAGACUACCGAAAGGGCAUUGAAAAGGAUUUGGAUGAAGUAUUACAGAUCCAUCAAGUGUUUAUUAAUGUAAGUAAGGGACUUGUUGCGUCUAAAGAAGACUUAAUAAAAUGUUUUGGUUCGAAUAAUGUUGAUGAUAUUAUUAAAGAAAUCUUGAUGAAAGGUGAAAUUCAAUUAUCUGAAAAGGAAAGACAACUGAUGUUAAAUAAGAUUAAUAAUGAAAUGUUAACAAUAAUUAGUGCGAAAUGUAUUAAUCCAAAAUCAAAGAAAAGAUAUCCUCCUACAAUGAUUCAUAAAGCUUUAGUGGAAUUGAAGUUUAGUCCAGUUCUAAAUAAACCUGCAAAGAUCCAAGCGUUGGAAGCCAUAAAACUUUUAUGUGCUAAACAAAUUAUUCCUAUCGUUAGAGCUAAAAUGAAAGUUAAAGUCAUCUUAAGUAAUAAUGCUAAUGAUAAUAGUAGUGAUGAUGACUUAAUCGAAAAAUUGACUAGAUUAAUUGCAAGUGAUAAUGGUACAGCUACUAAAUCUGCUUCCGUAACGGCAUCCUGGGAACGUGUUGGACUAAUUGACCCAAUAUCUUAUAGAGAUUUGGUAGCAUUAGUCAAAGAUCGUGGAACACUGCAGGUGUUAGAUAUGGCUGUUAUUGAUGAAGGAGGUAAAAAUUAG